CUGUACCUGAAGAGGCCGGUGACAGCACAACCCAUUUCACUCCUUUAAAAGUCUGGAUUGUUUCCCCCGUGGGAAUCAUUUCCCCCUCUCGUUUUUAAAUGGAUUUAAACUGAAGCAGUCUGUUGAUGGAUGGCUGCGGUUUCUCGAUCCCCUCUUAUCAGCUGAUGUGUGAUUAUGUUAUGCUUUGCUUGUUGUAUCAAAAUAGAGCUUUGGGCGUGCAGAUUGAGUCACUAAAACAGAAGCACGGGGUUGAAGAAACCAAAAAAAAGGAGUAUAAUUCACCUGCAGAGUAGAUCUGAUUUUCCUUUACUCCUAAAUCUUUAUUUACAUAUUUUCACAAAUUGAUUUAAUCUGAGCAUCAUUUGCAGAAUGCAGACGAGGAUCAUUACGGUUCUAUUAGCCUCAGCCUGUAAACUGAUUGGCAAAACUCUGCCUUUGGUAUAAGUACAGUUACCAUAGCAACCAGCUUCACCUACAGUGCAUUUCCAGAACCAUCUAGUGUAGCUGUCUUGUUUAUUUAGCCACUGUACAUACUGUGCAUGAGUAUUUAUAAACGUAGAGAUGAUCUUUUGUCACGAUUCUGAUCCAAAUUAUAAUUUUUAAGGCAGCUUUAUAUAAUUGCAUUAUUGUUUGUUGGUUUUGUGUUUAAUCAUUUUAACUAUAUUUGAGCUAUUUUAAAAUCUAUUUAUAAUCAUAUGAGGAUUUUUCACUUGCUAGCUAAAAUAUGUUUGAUUUCCAAACAUCAUAAUUAGGAUUUAAAGGUUGGAGGCUGAUUUGGAAAACUUAACAUUUCAGAAUGUUGCAAAAAAAAAAAAUGAAUAAAUGUAAUUUAAAACAGUUAAAGCUUAAAAAUGAUUGAUAAGAAGGUGUGUAAUUCAGUAACAGAUGCAGGUCUGCAGGCCUGGCUGUCAUUUGAUGUCCACCGGUUGCUGUCCAUGGUGCUGGAGUUCUCUAAUGUUAGGCACACACCUACAUCACACGCCGCUUUCAUUGGUGACUGCUCUGCGCAUGCGAACAAGUAAUCCCAGAGUGGUUUAAACAGAUGUCCAUAUCAAGAUUAGCAACAACAACAAAAAAAAAAUGCAUUUUCUUUCCUCAAAUACAUGAAGAAAACUAACUAAUCCAGGUGUGACUUCUCUGCACGCGCCUCCUGCCUGCGUUUAACGCAACAGGCUGCCGCGCCAGACUGGUGGUGGUGGAGCGUCGGUGCCACCUGUGAGUGUCUGCCGUCUUCCAUGCCGUCAUCGAGGAUGAAGAAGCAAAACGUCCGGACGCUGUCGCUCAUCCUCUGCAUGUUCUCCUACCUGCUGGUCGGCGCCGCGGUGUUUGACGCGCUGGAGUCCGAGACGGAGAGCGCCCGCAGGCGCAUCCUGGAGCAGAAGCGCAGCGAGAUGAGGAAGAAGUACCGCUUCUCCGAGGACGACUACCGUGAAAUCGAGCGAGUGGUGCUGCAGGCUGAGCCCCAUCGCGCCGGGAGACAGUGGAAAUUCGCGGGCUCUUUUUACUUUGCCAUAACAGUCAUCACCACUAUUGGUUAUGGACAUGCAGCUCCAGGAACAGACGCAGGAAAAGUCUUCUGCAUGUUCUACGCGGUCCUCGGCAUCCCUCUCACCCUGGUCAUGUUCCAGAGCCUGGGAGAGCGGAUGAACACGUUUGUGCGCUUCCUCCUGCAUAAGGUGAAGCAGUGCCUGGGCUGUCGACGCACAGAAGUGUCCAUGGAGAACAUGGUCCUGGUGGGGUUCCUGUCCUGCAUUGGAACUCUCUGUGUGGGAGCUGCAGCCUUUUCCCACUUUGAAGGUUGGAGCUUCUUCCACGCUUACUACUACUGCUUCAUCACGCUAACCACGAUUGGCUUUGGGGACUUUGUGGCCCUGCAGAAGAAGGAGGACCUGCAGGAGAAGACGCCCUAUGUGGCCUUCAGCUUCAUGUACAUCCUGGUGGGGCUGACUGUCAUUGGAGCGUUUCUUAAUUUGGUGGUUCUCCGGUUCCUCACCAUGAACAGUGAGGAUGAGAGGCGAGAUGCGCAGGAGCGGGCGUCUCUGAAGAGAGACCGAGGCCUCCUGGAAGGUGGCCUCCAUGACCAGAGAAGAAACCGGGGCACCAGGAUGCACAACAACAGAACACUCUUCCUGCCGAUGGAGGAAGGAACAAGCCGCACCAACCUCAUCUCCUCCCCGGUGGAGAACCAGGAGAAGCGUGGAAGUCCAUGCAGGCAGAGGCUUCACUUUCAGGUCAACGCAGGCGGACGGAGGCCAGAUUCCAGCCUCAGCUCCCUCUGCUCCUCCUGCGACUGCUACGGCUUAGAGGUGUGUGACAGCCCUCUGAUUCUCCACGCCGACCGCCACGGCUGCCAUGUCAAUUCCAUCUGUUACAACUCAGUCUCCUAUAAAAUCGACAGCUGCUUUCCCAAAUCCGGAGAGAACACGGGGCUCUCAUCCCCGAGGAGCACGCUCUCACGCGGGUACAGCUUCAGGAGUCUGAGGAGGAAAUCAGUGUGAGAGGAGCAUCGGCGUGUUUCCACGGACUGAACGGCAUCAAAGUGGCUUUUCCUUUAUGUGCAUGUCCGAGGCCACGAAUCUCCUCGAAGAGAUCAAGGCUGGUAAAAAAAUCUUUUCUAAAGCAAACUUUUCUCUCUUUUUGUUGGUGUUUUGCUUGCAUGUAAGCCUAAGUGCCCUGCAUGCUAAAAGAGAAUGUACUGCAGCAGAAACAAGAGCUUUUUGGAGAUGAUGUUCAAAAGUUUUCUGUCUCUGCACUUUUAACAAACAGGAUUUUCAAUAGUUGUUGUACAGCCUUCCAAAGGAUUGUAGACAGUAAAGGUGAAAAAAAACUACGGUGGCCCUGAGGAGCAAAUUACACCAACAAAUCACUCAAGGCAAAAACAUAUUAAAGAUCAUAACGAUAAUUAUAAAAGUAAAACAAAUUUUAGAAAUCAAAACAAAAUUCCCCAAAAAUGACCAAAAUAAAAAAGAAACAUUAAGGAAAACAUAAGUUAUUUCUAGAAAUAAGAAUGAAAUGUUAAAAAAAAUGAAUCCGGCAGAAGGAGGUACUAUGGGACAUCACUGCGGCUGCAUGGCUCUGUUCAUUGGGUUUAGGACUGUUAAGCCUCAUCCAGUGUGGGACUCUUCACACUACUGCCUAACUAUGUAGCUACAAGUGGGUCUCCCUGUGCCGGUCCCCGGCCCGGAUAAAACACAGGGUUAUGUCAGGGAGGGAAUCCGGCGUAAAUGUCUCUGCAAAACCACAUUUGCAAGUUUACUCUCUGUGGCGACCCCCAGGGGUCGGUCCUGGGCUGCAUGGCGCUCUAAAAGGGAUUUUGAAAUUUGUGGCUGAAAUUUGCUGCAAUAAGUUCAUUCAUUUUAAUUCUCAAAAUUUAAAUAUUAGCCACUUAAGAAAAUUGUUAGGAACAAUCUCAGGACACGAACCGCCAACCUUUGCAACAGGAGGCUGAAGAGUUAACUGUACUACCACUGAGCACAGAUUACUGCGUUUUUUCAAGAAGUCUCUCCAGUGUUAGAAGUUUAGAUAUUUCUGUUGUUAAGGUUUUAAAAAUAGGAAUACAUUUCUAUUAAAGUUAAAUUCUUCUUUUCGAUCAAAAACAAGAGUAUUUUUCGACCAGAAUGCAAGGGGGGAUUAAUUUUCAAUCAAUUGAAUGUAAAUAAAACAGACAGACUUCUGCUUUGAGCCCGUUUUUCCUCCUUUUUGGCCUUAAAGCUGUCUCUGAAGGCUUGUUUCGCUGCUUUUUCCCCCUUUAAAUUUUAAAGAAGCACUAACAGCGACCACACUGUGUGCCACCACCUAGCUUAAAAUACGGUGGCGACAGGCAAGGAGGAACAAAAUGAUUGAUUUUCUCAAAAUUUGAGUUAUUUCAUGUAUGUUUUUAGUUAUUGCUAUUUGUUAAUUUCACAAGAAAUUAGUGGUGUGUAAAACUUAAAAAAUAAAUAAUAAUAGUAUAUGGCCUAAUCAUUGCAAUUUGGCACCCUAGGCAGCUACCUUGGCCGCCCAUGUCCAGGGCCGGCCUUGGCGACCCCUGACCAACCAACUGAUUGGAUGAUGAUAUUUGAACUUUUUCAAAUGUGUCUUCAAUGUUCACAAGGUUAUAAAAAGUUUGAAAGUAACUAUUUGUACGGAAUUUUUUGAAAUAAGUACGACCAGAGCAGAACUUUUUUCUUUGACCCAGAGGAAAGGUUAAGGUUAGGAUUACAGUCACGGUUAGAGUUAAACCACCAAACGGUUCCUGAGUUUCUGCAGCUCACCGCUCCUCAGGGGGAUGGAUCAACACAUUUCACACAUUUAGGAGCGUGACAGUUUACGGGAUUUAAAUUUAACUUUAAAUACAUGCUGCCAACUAUAACAUUUAGACUUGGACACAAUUAAAAUGUAGCAGUGUGCAUCUUGGCUGCAUAUAUUACAUGUGGCCAACAUGAAUUUCUCAGUUUUUGUGCUGGUUGCAUGUAAAUAUUUAACAUCAGUCUAAAAGUUUUCUGAUUAGUAUGAAGCAUAUCAAUUAUUGCUUCAAGCUCAAUAACCUUUGGUUGAAACAAAAAUGUUAUCAACCAAUCAGCAAUGUCCAAAAAUUACUACCUUUUCUGGUUUAUUUUUUUGUUUCAAACAUUUAAUUUUGAUUCAUUUCCAAAAUACAUUUCUUUUUUAUGGAAGGUAAAGUGGGACAUCACUGAUUGGUUGAUGACGUUUGUCUAACAUUUCAACUAAAAGUUAUUUUUAUGUUGCAAACUUAUCAUACUACAUUUAUUAAUUCACAGACAUUGAAAACACGCUUGAAAAAGCUCAACUGUAUAAUUCAAACAUAAUCAUCCAAUCACCGAUGUGCCAUAGUACCUACCGUUUCUGUUUAUUUACUCCGUUUCAUUUGAAACAUUUCAGUUUGACUUCUAGAAAUUACUUGUGUUCCAAAACAUUUCUGUUUGUUUCAUUUUUUUAAAUUUCUUAAACAUAAUGUUAUUUUUGAAAUAUUUGCUUAUCUUUUUAAUUUGUGAUCUUUCAUAUGUUUUAGCAUUGUGUGAUUUGGACUUCAGGGCCACCGUACUUAAUCCUACACUUUCCACGCCAUAACAAGAAGAUGUCACUCUACUUUUCUAAGACAAAGCCUUAAGGAACUUUGACCAACUUUUUCAACUAAAUGACAUUUUAAAUAAUGUUGGGAGGGAAUGAAUGAUGCACCAAUGCAAUAUAUUAUAAAAAGAGAUUUUUCACAUAGAUGUAUGUAGCACAGAAAAGACAUGUAGCAAAGUUGUGCGUUUAUGUCCCGUUGUGCUGGAGAAACUUGUCCAGCAGGGAAGUUGAUAUUUUAACUAACUAUGUGACUUUCUUCCAGUAUUUUUUUUAUGUUGUUGUUGUCUAACCAAAAACAGGACUGUUACAUGCACAUUAUUUCAUAUUUACUUAUGGUUAAAUUGACUUGUUUGGAUGAAGUUUUGAAACUUUCAUCGUCAUUUGUCUUCCUUUGUUUGUUCCUGAAGAAAAAAAAAUAUGAUAAACUUGCAAAAAAAUAAAUAAAAUAAUUUGAAGUUGUA